AUGGCAGAGUUCAGCCGCUUCUCUGAGCUGCCCAAGGAGCUGCAACUCCAGAUCUGGGAGGCAGCCAUCCCUCAAUCCCCUUCUGUCCACUUCCUCUCAUACCCGCCAAAGGACCGCCACAAGAGGCGCGCAUACCAGUGGCGAGGCGAACUGGCCAACGCCAAUCGCACCAUCAACGUCGACAAAGACCCCGACACAGGCGAGCCAAGCAUACGUGCGCGCACUUGGGGCCGCUACUCGUCUUAUUUCGCCAGCCUCGCCCUGCUCCAUGCCUGCCAAGAGUCGCGUCGCGUCUGUCUCGCGCACACUCCCUCGAGCGAAGCCCACGACAGCGACGCCCACGGGGUAGACUCAUCCAACAUUGUCUCCACGGACUCCUACAACCUCAACCUGGCUACAGACAUCAUCUGUGUCCAAGACCCCGAUCCGCACUUUCCUUGGAGCCAGCCACGACGCCUCUCCUUGUUACCAAGACUGGAUCCCGUGCGCAUUGCUCUCGAGCGUCGGCCGUAUCUCGACUGCAACGAAAUGGGUAACUGGAUCACGGAACUCAGUGGAGGAAUUGAUGGCGACUAUGACUGUGCGACAUCACUUGGCAAUGAGGAUGGAGACCCAGGUCUGAAAAUGAUCUAUCUUCUGGACUACGACAUGAAGCCAAAACACGCGAUUGUCGCAGGAACAUCACAAACGAAUCAUGAUGGAACCAAGCCCCCAAAUGAAUCAGAGAGUGAGUCUGAUGAUCGUUCAGCCGUCAAGCUGCCAGGCCACACUUCCACACACAACGGCAGAUUUCACGGACAUGGCGUGAAGUGCUACGCUCUUUCUGCCAACAUCAAAGAGACCUGCGCUGGGUGGGUCGUUCCUCAGGAGAGUCGUGACUUUCAUUCCGAUGUUUGCUUCCAUAUUCAACAUCGCUAUGGCUUCGCAGUUGUCCAUAGUCUAGAGGAGGCAAAGAAAGGAGAGUACAUGAUCUGUGUCGAGUUCCUGGCCUGCGUCAAGGCUUGA